UGGCGGCAGAUUUGAAACUUAUCUAGGCGCCCAAAUGAGCCUUGUUUUAACAUUAUUUAUCGAUUCCAAAGGUCGUGCGUCACAAUAAUUCAUGAAAACAUAAAUCCAAUUCACCCAUUAUGAGCUCCGGGAGAGCAAGAGGUAACUUCUGGAGAGGAAGAGGACAGAGGUUUCGAGGAAGAAAGAGUGCUCGAGGAACGAGCCAGACAGGAAGAGCACAAAGGGGUUCAGACCAAGGAAGUUCAAGUCCUCAAGUGGAACAUCAAAGAGCACGGCAAAUACAGACAAGCUUAACGCCGUGUCCCUUCAAGAAAUGGAACUUAUACUUCCCUGACAUUGUUUAUAACCCAGACUCAGCUCUUGCAACCAAAGUUAAAGCCAUUAUGAAGUUUGUGGAAUCACAUGCAGCUCAACUUUCUAAGGAUGAGAUUGAAAGCAAAGCAGCUGUGAUGUUUGACUAUAUGGAUCUAAUAUCAGAUACAGAGCUUGCUGAGAGUUUUCCAUCUUUCGCUGGAGAUUUACGAGAUCAGCCUACAGAAGUUCUUCAUAGCAUUAGCCUGGCAGUUUCUCAGGUUUUGUUGACUGUGGAGACAGCUGAGAGCCCCCAUGGAGCACCAUUGUUUGAUUUGCCAUAUAUACAAGCAAGAAUAACAAACUUUGAGCCUGCCAUUCCACUCAAAAACCUCAAGUCUUGCUAUUGGGGCAAGUUUGUGGCAAUCCAUGGAACAGUAAUAAGAGUUAGCAAUGUUAAACCUCUGGUGAAAAAGAUGGCAUUUUCAUGCAACUUGUGCAGCCAGACACAGGUUGUUCAUCUCACCGACGGGAAGUACUCAAUUCCAACUCAGUGUUCCUCAGUGGAUUGUCGUGGCAAAUCUUUCACUCCUGAGAGAAGCUCACCAAUGACUGAGACAAUUGACUGGCAAACUAUCAAAGUUCAGGAAAUCAUGGAUGAUGACCAACGUGAAUCUGGAAGAAUUCCAAGAACUGUUGAGUGUGAACUGACUGCUGAUCUAGUGGACAGCUGUGUUCCAGGUGAUAUGGUUACCGUUACUGGGAUUGUGAAGGCUACAGGAACAGAAGAAAAUCGCAACAAGAGCAACAAAGACAAGUGCAUGUUCCUACUUUACCUCCAUGUCAAUGCUGUGAAUAAUAACAAGGGAGGAACUGGGGCUACCGAACAAACCAGUGGACUGGCCAUGGAAUUUUCUAUUAAGGAACUGUAUGCCAUUCAAGAAAUUCAGGCUCAGAAGAACUUGUUUCGAUUGAUUGUUGGCUCUUUGUGCCCUUCAAUCUAUGGACACGAGAUGGUGAAAGCAGGUUUGGUGUUAGGCCUGUUUGGUGGAACCCAGAGAUACCUGAAUGAUAAGAAUCGUAUUCCAGUGAGAGGCAAUCCACACAUUUUGGUUGUUGGAGACCCAGGAUUGGGGAAAAGCCAGAUGCUUCAGGCAGUGUCCAAUGUUGCUCCAAGAGGCGUCUAUGUCUGUGGAAAUGCAACGUCAACCUCAGGACUCACGGUUACACUGUCUAAGGAAGGCUCCUCUGGAGAUUAUUCUUUAGAGGCUGGAGCACUUGUGUUAGGAGACCAAGGUUGCUGCUGUAUUGAUGAAUUCGACAAGAUGGGGAGCCAACAUCAGGCUUUGCUUGAAGCAAUGGAACAGCAAAGUAUAAGUAUCGCAAAAGCCGGCGUUGUUUGCAGCCUACCGGCGAGAACAUCAAUCCUUGCGGCCGCCAACCCUGUGGGUGGUCACUACAACAAAGCAAAGACUGUGUCCGAGAAUCUCAAGAUGGGGAGUGCUUUGUUGUCACGCUUCGACCUGGUUUUCAUUUUGUUGGACAAGCCAGACGAGGAAAUGGAUUGUAUGUUGUCCGAACAUGUUAUGGCCUUGCAUGCUGGGAAAAAGAGUGCAUUUGGAGUGGUGACAGCAAGACGGCGUUCAAGAGAGGACAGUAGCAGUGAUGAGGACGAGAUGAGGAGACAAUGGGAAGCUGAUAAACCCCUCUCUGAACGUCUAAAGAUUGGUCGAAAUGAAGAGUUUGAUGCCAUUCCCAGCCAACUACUUCGAAAAUACGUGGGUUACGCCAGGACGUAUGUGCAUCCUAAACUAACUCCUGCAGCAGCAGAAGUCUUACAGAAUUUUUAUUUGGACUUAAGACAACAGCAUCACAGUGCGGAUAGUACUCCUAUCACUACCAGGCAACUUGAGUCACUCAUAAGACUCACUCAGGCACGAGCACGGCUUGAGAUGCGCGAAAAGGCUAGCCAACAAGACGCCAAGGAUGUGGUGGAGAUCAUGAAAUACAGUCUCCUGGACACGUUUAGCGACGACUUUGGAAAUCUGGAUUUUCAACGCUCUCAACAUGGCUCCGGAAUGAGCUCAAGAGCACAGUCAAAACGCUUCGUUGCAGAGCUAAGUCGCAUUUCAGAGAGGGAAUACAACUCGCUUUUCACCGUUGAACAAAUGAGGAGGAUAGCGAAGGAUCUACGACUGCAGAUUCGUAAUUUCGACGACUUUGUUUUCUCCCUGAACAACCAAGGGUUUCUUCUGAAGAAGGGACCGAGAGUCUACCAGCUGCAGACCUCGAACUGCCUGUAAUUGAUAAGUAAGCUACUGGGGAUGUUUGAUGGAGAUUGUGCCCUGGAAAAGGGCAAGACCGUGUGAAAAUACUAGACCUGUAUCAUUGAGGAUGUUCGGACAAAAUAUUUCAACAUUCAAAUAAAAAUUUGGUUCCUUAGGUCCUCAAGUUAAGUUACACUCGUGCAGAAGAACUGAGUUAUUUAGUUAGUUUCUAUGAUACAGCCGUGUUUUUUUCCUACAGUACCACAGUAACAAACAGAUCUAAAAAGUACAAAUACUAAAUGAAA